GUCGUGGUGGAGCUUCUGGUAACAAAUUCCGUAUGACCUUAGGUUUACCUGUUGGUGCAGUGAUGAACUGUGCUGAUAAUUCUGGAGCCAAAAAUUUAUACGUUAUCUCAGUUAAGGGUAUUCAUGCUAGAUUGAAUAGAUUACCUGCAGCUGGAGUUGGUGAUAUGGUUAUGGCAACUGUUAAAAAGGAAAACCUGAUUUAA